AUGACUCAAUCAGUUAUAACCUUAUCGCAUUUCAAGUCGCACUGCAAAGUUGAAUCAUAUUUCUCAUCCGCCAUGACUUUUCCCAUUUUGCCGCUAGUUUCGUCUGCGGCUCAGUGUGAACUUUUUGCUUUUGCAGGCCAAGUGUUGUUGCCGCUUUCGGAUUUUGCCGUCUCGAAGCUCGCUCUUUCAGCUUUCCCGCCUUCAGUAAAGGUGAAUAUUGAUGUAUCCUCUGAGAUAGUAUCCUGCGACGAGAUUGUGGAGUUGCUUAACGUCGGCGCGGCGCAAAUUUUUGUGGCCGAAUCUCAGUUUGAACUUGCGGUUGAUGCCGGCUUGCCGCUGUCUCGUUUUGCUGUUGUGGUAUCGAAACCUACAGAAGCGCUUCUUAAACUGAAAGCGGCUAUUGUUGUUUCUGCGCCAUUGGAUGACGUGUCGAUCCAGGCCGCCCAGAAAAACAACAGAAUCGUGUAUUUCCGUGGCUCCUUAACCCAGCGCACAGCUGAAGCAUUGGCUCAAAACUACGUGUUGGUAGUCCCAGCCCAGCAAUUGGAAACGGCUGCCAAACAAUCGCAAGAAACUUCGCAAGAUAAAAUAAACGUGGCCAGCGUGUUUGUGUCCACCUUGACUACAGACAGGCCAGACGGGCUCUACACCACGUUGGUGGCGGACACUAAUGGAACCGCCUUGGGUGUAGUUUACUCGUCUGAUGCGUCGAUCGCUGCAGCCAUUGAGACCCAAGAAGGCGUGUUUCAAUCGCGUAAGCGGCCACACGAGUUAUGGUACAAAGGUAAUACGUCAGGAGCCACGCAGAGACUUGUGAAGCUUGAGCGUGAUUGUGACUGCGACGUGGUCAAGUUUGUGGUGGCACUGAGGGAAGGUUUCGGUUUCUGCCACGUGGAGGAAAACUACACUUGCUUUGGCGAUGGCAAUUUGGCCGAGGGAACCGACUCGUACGGUUCUGGCUUGGCCCGUUUGGAUGCGACCUUAGCCCAGCGCAUCAAACUGGCCCCAGAAGGUCUGUACACAAAGAGAUUGUUUGAAGACAAGGACCUUUUGGUUGCAAAAAUGAAGGAGGAGUUGGACGAGUUGAUUGAGGCAGGGGCCAGUGGCAAUCGUGCCGAAACAGCGUUUGAGGCGGCUGACUUGUUCUAUUUCGCCAUGGCGUACUGUGUUCGCAGUGGCGUGCGGUUGGCGGACAUUGAACGCAGCUUGGACAUUAAAAGCAUGCGUGUUACGAGGCGCAAGGGUGAUGCCAAAGAAAAGUAUAUAGCGAAGACGGAAGAGAAGACCGAUGCAGCCGAACAAACUGCGAAGGAGAAAAAGCCCGAGAGCCAAAAGACUGCGGCAGAAGAAAAAGAGAACACCUAUGCUAUGGAAGUGCUUCGUGGCGACUUUACUCGUGCCUUAUCUCGUCCUGUUCAAGCGACGGCCGAUAUCAUGAAACUUGUUCUUCCAAUCAUCGAACAAGUGCAGCGUGACGGAGACAAGGCGUUGCUCGAACUUACUGGGAAAUUUGAUGGAGUUAAAUUGGAGUCUCCUGUUCUUGAGGCACCUUUCCCGUCCGAUCUUAUGCAGAUCAGCGAAGACAUGAAGCACGCCAUCGACUUGUCCAUGUCUAACAUCGAAAAAUUCCACCGUGCGCAGAUGCCGGCAGAGGCGGUGAUGACUGUUGAAACAUCGCCCGGUGUGUUUUGCUCACGUUUUGCCAAGCCAAUUGAAAACGUUGGUUUGUAUGUGCCCGGUGGCACUGCAGUGCUUCCAUCCACAGCCAUGAUGUUGGGAGUUCCAGCGAAAGUUGCUGGCUGCCGCAACAUUGUUGUGGCUUCGCCUCCAUCGAGAGCCACGGGCCGCUUGACGCCUGAAGUCGUGUAUGUGGCCCACAGAUUAGGUGCGCUGAAGAUCGUGAUGGCCGGUGGAGCGCAGGCCGUGGCUGCUAUGGCGUACGGAACGGAGUCCGUAGUCAAGUGCGACAAAAUCUUGGGUCCAGGUAAUCAGUUUGUGACGGCCGCCAAGAUGCAUGUACAGAACGACACAAAGGCUCUAUGCUCCAUCGAUAUGCCAGCAGGACCUUCUGAGGUUUUGGUUGUGGCGGACGAAAAAGCCGACGCAGAUUUUGUUGCCAGUGAUCUCUUAUCGCAGGCGGAGCAUGGAGUGGAUUCGCAGGUUAUAUUAGUUGGUAUUGCCCUCAGUGACGCCAAGUUGCGUGAGAUCGAAGAAGCCGUGCGUCGCCAGGCGGAGGUUUUGCCCCGGAAAGACAUUGUGGCCAAGUGCUUAGCUCACUCUUAUACGCUUUUGGUGGACUCUGUGGAAGAAGCAUUCAAAGUAUCGAACGACUAUGCUCCGGAACACUUGAUUUUGCAAUUGGAAGAUGCUGAGAAAUACGUCCCAUCUCAUGUCGAGAACGCAGGCCUGGUAUUUGUUGGCGGCUUGUCUCCAGAAUCAUGCGGUGACUAUCUGAGCGGAACUAACCAUACAUUACCCACGUAUGGUUAUGCUCGCCAGUAUUCUGGUGUGAACACGGCGACAUUCCAAAAGUUUAUCACGGCACAAAAAGUGACCGAGCAGGGUUUGCGGAGUAUUGGCAAUGCAGUAAUGACGCUAGCAGCUGUUGAAGGAUUAGAGGCCCACCGUAAUGCUGUGCAAGUCCGGAUGGAUAAACUUGGGUUAUCAAGUUGA